GUAGAAGCGCUAUACAAACAACCUUAUAGUCCGAUGCUCGUACAUAGUCCUGGCCACGUGAGAAGGCUUGUCUCGAAUGCAGUCACACUAAGCAGCAUGGCAGAAAGUGGAAUGGCUUCCAGCUUCGGGGAGUCAUGGUCAUGGUGCUUGGAAAGAGUCACGAUCGAUGACGUGGUUGGAAAGCAUAAAGCAAUUGUUCGCGCGCAUCAUCACCUUUCUACGCGAAAAGACUAGCUUUCUUGCUUCAGCUCUUUCGAAUGACAAUUCUGCCGACGCGAACACGAAAUACCGACUGUCGCAUCUCUUGAUUCCCCAUUGUACUCCCAGUUGCGUAUACCAAUAACCCCACCGACCCCGCGACACGACGACAGCCAAUCAACGCCAUCGCGUUAUCCUCAUCCGAGACUUUGCUACGUGCAUACACAAGCCAACAUGGCUCACCGCAGAGUAAAAGAGAUCGACUACGACGACGAUGAGUACGAAUAUUACUCGGGCGAAGAGGAAUACGGCUACGAAGGCGAAGAGAACGUGGCGCCAGAAGCAGCAGAGGAUGAGCUAAGCGCAGAGGACAAAGAGCAAUUGCGUAUAGGCACAGAGAGUGUGAGAGAGGCUCUGGGCGACGACUUUGCCUCGGUGACAGAUGCUGCUAUACAAGAAGCUCUGUGGCAUUACUACUACGACGUCGCAAAGUCUGUCACCUAUCUCAAGAACCAAAGUGCUCCCCAGCAAGCGCAGCAAGCGCAGCCAAAGAAGCAGAAGCAGGUGUCCAAGUUCGACCAAGCUGCCACGUCGGCUGCUCAAAAACCAGUCGAGAUCAAGGUGCCGACCAGCCCACUGCCCACAUCGCAUACGAAUCCUGCCAACUUCUUCAAAGGCAUUCCUUGGUUCAACGUGCCGGAAGAAAGAGUUGGAUGUAUUGUGGCUGAGCAGUUCCGACCACCUUUGCGCAUGCUGGGAGGCACCGGCAAGCCGUCCAAGCUAGCCGCGCUUGCUGCUGCUAGAAAGAAGAAGGAGGCCGAUCAAAAAGCUGCUGCAGAGGCCGGUCAGACCGAGAAGCCUGCUGGCGUUGCUUCGCUCAUGGACCGUCUUGGUACAAGGUCGACUCAAUCUGCAAGUCAAGAGAACACAAAGCCUGGAGACGCUCCGAAGCAGCAAGAGACUCGCUCCUUUCCCAUCCGCAAACGCAAAAGUCCUUCGCCUCCUCCACCUAUAGAGGAUCGCAGACCUGCUGCUCCGGAGCCUACCACUCCUCAGACACCCGAGCCAGCCACAAACCCAAUCGAACAUGUCCGCGCCGGUCCAUCUGUUUUCGCAAGCACAAUGUGUGGUGGCAGCUCAAGAAGGCGUCCCUCACACCAAGACGCCAUCGUCCUUACACAGAACAUCCUACCAGCCAUUUACGGCCAAGACGCGAACCUUGCUAAUCCCAAUGCCUUCUCAGGUCCGAGCCCAGAUGACAUUGUCAUGCAAGCCCAGGCAAAAGCCUCGGGCGCAAAGAAACAGGCAAACCAACAGAAAGACUCCAAGUCGGUCACCAACGGGGUUUCAUCUCUAAGUCUGGAGGAACCGCAACAGACAAGUCUCAAGGUGAAGAGCAAGAACCUGGAUGUCAUCGCAGAGUACGAAAAGGCUGGACGCAAAAACGCCGCCAGCUUUGUUGUCAUCGGACAUGUCGAUCACGGAAAAAGCACUCUCAUGGGUCGCUUGCUAUACGAUCUGAAAGUCGUCGAUCAACGCUCAAUCGACAAGUUCCGUAGAGAUGCCACGAGUAUCGGCAAAGCAUCCUUCGCUCUGGCCUGGGUCAUGGACUCGACUUCUGAAGAGCGAGAGCGAGGUGUAACCGUCGACAUUGCCACAAACAACUUCGAGACGGAAAAGACAAAGUUCACAAUCCUGGAUGCUCCCGGACACAAGGACUUCAUCCCCAACAUGAUUGCUGGGGCCAGUCAAGCAGACUUUGCCGUCUUGGUCAUCGACGCCGGAACCAACAGCUUCGAGGCCGGUCUCAAGGGUCAAACCAGAGAGCACGCUCAACUCGUCCGCAGCAUGGGUGUGCAACGCAUCAUCGUAGCCAUCAACAAAAUGGAUAGCAUGAACUGGGCUCAAGAGCGCUUCGAAGAGAUCCAACAACAGAUCUCCGCCUUCCUCACCACCACCGGCUUCCAACAAAAGAACAUUGCCUUUAUCCCCGUCUCCGGCCUCACCGGCGAAAACGUCGUCAACUCAGCCCCAGAAGCAGCAUCCUGGUACACGAAAUCCCCCUCACAUCAAACCCUCGUGCAAGCCCUCGAAGCCCACGAACCCACAAAAGCCGCCCUCACGUCGCCCCUCCGCCUUCCCAUUUCAGACAUCUUCCGCGGUGGAGUCCAGAACCCACUCUCAAUCUCUGGACGCAUCGAAGCUGGAAGCUUACAAGUAGGCGACUCCCUCAUGGCCAUGCCCGCCGGCGAAAAGGCAUCAAUCAAAGGCAUAGAAGUCGACGCAGAAGCCGCAGACUGGGCAGUAGCGGGUCAAAUCGUAACCCUGCAUCUCACAGAAAUCGACCCCGUACACCUACGCAUCGCAGACUUGCUUUGCGAUGCCAGAAAACCCGUGCCUAAUAUCAAGAGCUUCACAACAAAGAUCUUGGCAUUUGAGCAUGUGUUGCCCAUGACUGUUGAUGUGCAUAGGGGACGCAUGCAUGUCCCCGGCCGUAUUUCAGAGAUGAUUUGUGUGCUUGACAAGAGCAGUGGUGCUGUUACGAAGAAAAAACCUAGAGUUGUGCAGCCGGGCAGUGUUGCGAGGGUCAGAGUUGACCUGGACACUGCUGUGCCGCUUGAGGUGCCUGGCAGAAUUGUGCUGCGCUCGGGAGGCAAUACUGUUGCGGCUGGCUUGCUGGAGGAAGUACAUGCGUAGAUUUAGAUCUGCCUCUCUCUCAGGGAGAAAAUGGCAACGAAGC